UUUGCCAAAAUAGGCUUCUAUGACUUCGCAUUGCUAGUGUCAAAGGAAUUUCACUUUGACUGGCAUGAACAUCUUUACGAGAAGCUUGAGUAAUGCCUUAUUCGCUCUGGAACAUUCAGUCGCGAAGGCGUUGGCGCGUCCAGGCAACUUUGCGGGGCCAGAGUCAUCCUGUGCACACUAGGGAUAUUAUCAAAUAACCAUAUCGAACCCUUCCGUCGUGUCAAUCCAGUGGACAUGCUAAUCUUCGACGAAGGGAGUCAGAUAGAAGUCGGAAGUUACCUUGCAGUUUUCGACCGUUUUAAGUUCACCCUCUCGAAGAUCGUCUUCAUCGGAGACAACAAGCAGUUGCCACCUUAUGGGCAAAGGGAGAUCCCGACACUACAUAGCAUUUGCGAAGUCAACCACCUGCACAAAAAAGCAAUAUUCUUGGAUACGCAAUAUCGCAUACCUCGCGUGCUCGGCGACUUCAUUUCACAGAGAGUCUAUAACGGGAAAUUGAAGACCUGUCAUGCAAACUCCGUCAGUCUCCCAUGCCGCUUCGUCGACGUUGAAAGAGGACAUGAAGAACGAUCAGGAAAGAGUUGGAUCAAUUCGUCAGAGGCGCAAGUUGUAGUGCAGAUCGCCGCUGCAUACCAAGCCAAGGCACUUGACUUUCGUAUCAUCACACCGUACGAUGCCCAACGCUCUCUUAUUGAACGUGAGCUGCAGGUGGCGAACGUACGUCAUGAAGACAAAGUAUUCAACAUAGAUUCAUUUCAAGGCAACGAGGCGGAACACAUCAUUAUCUCUCUGGUCAGGUCACACAGGCUUGGCUUCCUGGUUCAUGAGGGACGAGCCAAUGUCAUGCUUACUCGUUGCAAAAAGACCAUGAUUAUAUGCACGAGCCGAGCAUUCAUUUGGGGUCUAGGGGCAUCAACACUUGUCGGACAACUUGCAGAGGUUCUGGUCCCCAAGCGUGGGUAAAUGGCGAGAUUGUUGUCUAAUAUACUUGGCACCGCAUGGUUCGCUCGUUCAGAAUUUGUGUUCGC